AUGCAUCUCAAAUUAUUAGUUUUCUUCCUCCUCACGACACACGUGUCCGGAUACAAGGAGACACGGAUACUUCAAAAUCGGGAACAAUUGGACAGCGAGGGCAAAGUUUUUCUGGGCUGGGAAUUUGAUUCGGAAACCAAUGUGAUAACUUUUGAGAUGGAGGUGGAAACGACGGAAUGGGUGGGGCUUGGAAUUUCUCUGUCGGGAAGUAUGACCGGUGCGGACAUCUUCAUCGCCGGUGUCAAACCGGAUCUGUCGACGUAUUCAAAUGAUUAUUUCGCUGAAGGGUUCACCCAACCAAAGAUUGAUACUCACUCGGACUGGAAAUUAAUCCAGGGGGUGGAACAAGAUGGUAAAACCGUGAUUAAAUUUUCCCGACUAAUUAACUCCUGUGACGAGGAGGAUUAUCCAAUUGGGGACGAUACGACCAGACUAAUUUGGGCGUAUGGAGAUACCGAUGAGAUAAAGUAUCACACGCCUAAUCGGAGAGGAACGAAAUCUGUCAAGCUUAUCGGUGCUCCAACACCCGAACUGGACUUGAAUGGACAUCCCAAACACUUCAUUUUAAGAUUGCAAAAAUUUGAAAUGGUUCUUGACAUGGAAGUCCCACCGAUGGAGACAACUUAUUGGUGCGGUUAUUUCAAAGGUCCCACCCUUCUAAGCAAGCACCACGUUGUCGCGUUUGACGCCCUCAUUGAAGGACUGACCUCUAUCACGCACACGCAUCACUUCAUACUCACGAAUUGCUACCUUCGAGCCGACUCGGAUAAAUCCUUAGACGAACUUAUGUCCAAUUAUACCGUCGAGUCGGGUUAUCUUGGAGGCCACUGCCGUGACCCCAACCCACCUAUUGUACUCCCGAGGGAGGUGCAUUGUGACCAGGAUCUAUUCGUUUUGGCAAAAGGGGGCAAAGUAAGAUAA